AAGGGAUCAAAUCUCGUACCUCGAUUAGCAACUAACUUCUCUCCAGUAAGAUAUCUUGACAAUUGGACAGUGAAUAGUGAAUAUAGAAUUUCAUAUAAAAGUAUAUGUACAAUGUAUAUCAUUUGGGGGCGUUAAAUUUAUGUGUUAUUUACUAUGUUUUGUUACGAAGUUACUGUACAAAUAAUUAACUUUAUUUGCCACAAAUACAAUCUAUUACAAACUGUCAAAAAUUUCUAACUUAUUGACAUUUGUUUGAAUGUACUAAUAUGUAUACAUUUCCUGUUAGAAAAUACUGUGCCUUAGCUGCAGAACCAUAAGCAAUUUUUAAUGAUUUCUGUAGAAAAUUUCAACAACACAUUGAAGACAAAAAGUAUGGAAAACGUUAUGGAGGGUGUAAAUGGACAAUUACAAAUAAAGUAUCAAAAAAUUGCCACAGAAUAUUCAAAAAUUCGUGCUCAGGCAAAUGUUUUAAAGAGAGCUGUGAUUGAUGAACAAGCACGUAAUGCUGAUAUACGAGAGCAACUGAAAGAGAAGGAAGUAGAACUUCGCAGAGCCGAACAAGAAUUAGACAGUUUGUCAUUCCGAAAUCAACAACUAACUAAACGUAUAACUGUAUUACAAGAAGAACUUGACAAAGCACAAAGUAAAUCUAAAAAGGGAAAGAAUAAAUUAUCAGAAAAUAAUAGUCAGGUACUAACGUCUCCGAAUCAUAUCUUGGAUGAGGAAUUUCAAAAGAAAAUAGUUGAAAAUGCCCAGUUAUUAUCGCAAAUCAGUGAUAAAGAUAGCGAAAUUGAAACCUUAAAUGAAAGGAUACAACAACUAGAAUCUAAAUUAGAUUAUUGUGAAAAAUGCAAAAUUGAAUUAGAAUGUCAAUAUCAAAAUACUAUAGACAAACUGGAAAGAGAAAGAAAUGAUUUACAAAAAAAGUUAAAUGAUAGACAAAAGCAAGAAGAAAAUGUAUCGUGGUCUAGUAACGAAGGUAAACGAGAUGGAUACGAAUCUGAUAAUAAGGUAGGACAUUCCAAUCUCCCAGAGGUAGAACCGUCUCCAUUUUCAUCGCCAUCUGUAUCACGUAGAUCGUUAAAGUCUAUUGGCGAAGGUCAUCCUAAGGUACAGGAAGAAAGUAACGACUUUGAUUUUUCAAAAUCGUGUGACCUAGAAAAAGAAAUUAACCAUUGGAAGGCACAAUAUCAUAUGCUUAAAAUAAAAUAUGAUGAAAUACAGCAAAAUACUUGCAUAAAUAAUGUGCAGAUUGAACAUGAAUCUUUGCAAUCUGCAGAAAUAAAUAAUAUGAUUGGAAAGUUAACAGUACCUUUAGCGAUACCAGAAGAAAUUGAAGCUCGAGAAGCAAAAAUCCGAGAUUAUUUUCUACAAGAAAUCGACAAAUUAAUAACAGAAAAACAUAUUUAUCAUGUGAAAAACUUAGCUAUGGCUGCCAAUAGUGAAGUUCUACAAGUUCAUUUAGACACAAGCGAAUCAAAGAGAGAAAAAUGUGAAUCAGCUCUCACAGAAGCGCUUUCAAACUGUAAUACUUUACAAAAAGAUAAAGAGAUACAAGAAGGAAAUUAUAAAGCACAACUCAGUACUAUGAGUGAACAUCUAGCUAAUAUGAAUGAAAAACUCAUUUCACAAACGGAAGAAAUACAACAAUUAAAAUUCCAACUUGUAAAUAAGGCAUAAAACAAUUGGCGGAUAUGGGAGUCCGACCCCUACAAGCAUCGAUCCUGUCAUGAGGCACACUGUGAAUACAGAUGUAUAAUGUUAUUAUCUAAAUGAACCAUAAACAGGAAAAACGAACAUAAUGUGAAAGAAACUUAAAAGAAUAUAACUCAUUUUUUCCUAAAUCUUUACAAAUAGAAUUUAAUCUAAAAAUAUCACUAAAUAAAGCUAUAUAUUUAAUUAUCAUCGAUAAAAACGAUUUUCCUGUUAAAAAAUUACAAAGAACUUUUUCGAAUUUAGUGAAAAGGAAUCGAAGAAAUUCAAUCCAGGAAUGAGAAAGUAGAUUCUUUAACCUUUAA